GGGGUUUCUUGUGUGUCAACAUCUCCUGCGUGUCAGAGGUUGGAACGAUACUCUGAACCUUUAUCGCUGGUAAACAAGCCAAAUUACACCUGACGACAGUCGAGCUGCUAAAAGGACCGAUUCAGAUCUUGAUAAGGACUUCGUAAUGUGGACCCCUGGGUACUCGUCGAAUCCUUUCGUUCCAAAAGACGUGAUGGCGGUUUCGAUGAGUUUGAUGAUUCUGAUGAUGAUUGGCAUACUGGUAGAAGGGGUAGCGGGAUCCCCCUCCUUCUUCCAAAUGUAUAACGAGGGUAACCGAUGUGGCCAGGUUAUCGGAGAAAUAACUGUUCCUUCUUUAUCUGCUUGCGCUACAGCCUGCCAUCAAGCUAAAGGGUGCAUUGGGUUCAACCUGCAGAUUUCCCUCGCCAAAAAUCAGAGAUCCUGUCAAACUACGAUCAAUUAUGAUUCUUGUGUGAGUGAUGCAGGCUUCACCUACUUCAUCGACCCCAAGGAAAUAGUGCCACCUCCUAUUAAGGAGGCAUGCGGCACUUUUCCUACUGGAUUUGCCCUAGUCGGUAUUGAGUUGGACCCUAUGGAUGACGUGAAGCUGUCUCAGAUUUACGUCAGAAGCGUCAAUUUCGCCCCUUCGUCCAACCAAUUCGUCACCACCAACCAGGAUUGUCCCGCCAACACCGUGUUGAUAGUGGGUAGUUGUACGCUACCCACUACGUACCCUUGCCAAGAAGUAACUGGGGGGACGCGUGCGCCGUGUGAUCUGGUAGUGAGCAUCAGCGGCGGCAAGGCGAUGUGUCCUAAGAAAAUGGCUGUGACGAAGAUCGAUGUGAAGACGCAAGGCAACAAGAAGAUAGAGGCCAUAGUCUGCUGCGAGGUGGACCAGUGGUAAUCACAAUGAAGCUGAUGUCCCAAGAUAGGGUCAUUCUAAGCCCUCAUUCCGCGGUAAAGUAGACUAUGGCAGUUGACGUUUUCCU